ACUCGCUCCGGGCCGGCUGGGGGGGACCUGUCGGGACGGGCCCCGUCCUGCCCGCCGCCCUCCCCGCAUAUAAGGCCCGGGCCCGGCAGCCCCGCACUCCGAGCGGGGGAGGCAGAGGCAGCGGACGGCGGGAGGCGGCUCCCGGCCAGAUCGGCACCGUCGGACCCCCCGGACCCCCCGGACCCCCUCCUCGUCCGCGUCCUCGUCCUCGUCCUCCCGCGGCGGCCUGCCCGGGAUGGCGGUGGCCAAUUUCCACUACACCACGGGCAUCUCCAGCGGCUUCAAGGUCUACAUCUUGGAGGGCCAGCCGAGGCUGAAGGCCGACCCCAGACUCCGGCUCCUGCCCCGCCCGCCCAUCCCCAUCUACCCAAUCAAACGCAAACUUAGCCCGGACCCGCGGCGAGGCAGCCAGGCCCCGGAGGAGCCGCCGCCCGGCAAGCUGCGGAGAGCCCAGCCCGGGACCCCCCCCCCGCCACGUUAUAUCAGCCCCCGCUCCUUCCCCAUCAAUGAUCCCUUCUUCUCCCGCAGCCUUCAGGUUUCUUCUGAGCGACCGGGCCGGGAGGGGGAGCGUCGGGCGUCGGGGGCGGAUCCGCCCUCGGUGAGCCCCCGGCCCCUCCCGGACCAAGGGCUGGAGCUGAGCAAAGCGGCGGGGCCGCCGGGGGCUCUGCCGGCCUCGGUGCUGCAGCAGAUGCGGCCUUCGGUGAUCACACGUCUGCCCUCCUUGCCUCGCCCGAGCCCCGCCCCGGCCCGCCGCAGAGAGUUUCCUGUGCUGCUGGAGUCCCCCUUGGCUUGGGGGCUGGACCAAGAAGUGCCUCUGCUCUGCCUGGAAUCCCGCUGAACCAGGAGGCCGCCAGGCUAGAGGACACAGAGCCCCACCCUGCCCUGCCCUUGUACAUAGUUAUUUAUUGGUGGAAGGACCCCCGGUGCCCAGCUGCAGGAGGAAUAAAGCAUGUGAGGCCAAGUCCA